AUGGGUCUGGGAACCAAGAUCAAGGGAGCGCUGAGUGGCGACAAGAGCCAUCGUCACAGCACUCAGCCGCCUCGAAAGCCACCAGGUGCUUACCCAGAUUCCGUUGCCGAUAUCCCUCGCAGUGCCACUGUAAACAACGGCACUAGAACCAGGACUUGGGAGACUACUACUGAGACGGCCUCCACCAAACAACGCCCGUCUUCGGUCAAGGACCUUCAUCGAACGACUGAAGGUGAUGAGGCCGGCGAGUAUACAUAUUCCGCUGUCAGCCCAGACUCAGAAGCCCACCAAAACAUCCUUAAUGGGAUAGCAGCUGGCCAGAUUGAAGAUGAAGAGUUGGCCAUCCCCAGUCCAGACUCAAGGACCGCCCCCAAUGGCUACAGCAAGAACGCACCGUUCUCAGCCGGCAGCACCAAGCCGCAAAAGUACCCCUACUGGGGCGACGUCGGCAAGACCAAUCCGCAGCGAGAUGAUGUGGGAACCAACGGACAACACCUCGAGCGUAAUGGCAUCGCUAGCAAUGGCGAUUACUCUGCUCGCCGCGGCCAAGCCGGUGCCCGCGGAUACGAUGAUGAUGACACCUUUGAAACUCCAAUCAUCGCAACUGUCAAUCGCGGCCAGCCACACAUGACUGAUGAUGAAAACCGAGCUAUUAGCAUGGCCGCCACUGAGCUGAACCAGCCAAGUGAAUAUGGAGACUAUGCUCCCACCGAAUUACCAUAUCGCAGCGCUAGCCGCACGAAUGGUCACGCUGCUAACGGCCUAACUUAUCCAGUUGGCUCUGCUACCAAUCAUUACGACGACAGCUAUGCGGUGAAGCAAACUCCCACCUCACCAACCAACGCCCGCGGUACCUUUGGUUCUCCUACCAUGGAAUACAACAACCAUGCGAACGGGGCUGCUUUCCCAACCGCCAACCCCAAGUUUGCGCAGGAACACAUCAAGGAGCGAGAGCAGAGCAACUCCGUGGGAAGUAGCUCCGACGGCAUCGGCGCUGCCCCGGCUCCAAAGCCAGCCGGAGCAGAUCACUACGGCCCGGGACACUCUGGCGCCAAGGUCCUGCAUCGUUGCGAGCACUGCGGCAACGACAACGAUAUCACCAGGUACUUUAGCAAGGACGUUGUCUAUCGACUAUCUUAG